AAACCGCGUGACGUCACAAUUCACAAAGCAAGGCAGCACCAGCUCUUCAAAAAGCAUCGAAAACAAACAGAAGCACAUUUGGCUACCACAAAUUGUCAACCUAGUUCGAUAUCCAUUGAGGAAUUUAGCCAGAGUGUCAAGGACUAUCAUAAAAGAUGCCGAAACAAGGCCGAGGGAAAAGAAGGUCUUCCAGCAUGAUGGAGCAUAUCUUUGGCUCUUGCCAGUUUGGCACGACAACGAUCCAUCUUGGGACGAACCCUUCAACGUCUCGGACAGGCGCUUCAACCUCAGGCCCACGGUCAUGGCCGAACAAUGAUCAGAGGCGAGCGACUCUGUUCGUCAAUCUAAAAGUGGCCCUCGAAGACUGCGAGAAAGAAGUUAUUCUACAGCACCUGAGCAGCAGUGGCCUCAGGACUCUUUCCAACAAGUUGUACCGCGCCAAGGAGGAUGCUGGUACUCAGCAGGAAGUACUAGAGGAAACGUCGUCGAUUCUCCUCAGCCAGAUCACAGCCAAAUUGAAAAACACGUCAAUUUCACCAAAGAUUAAAGAAAACCUUGGAAAGGCUAGGGAUGUGCUCAAAAAGAUGAAACGAGACUUCUACGAACAAGUUGAAAGUCGCAGAGUGUUACAAAAGGUCGGUGGAGACGACAACGAAGAUGAAAAGGACGACGAGAAGGACGACGAGGAGUCCUAAGAACAGUCGUAACUCAAGUGCGGCUGGUCAAGCAAGCACAACUGCUGCUAUGUCAAAAUGAAGACAGUUUUUUUACCCUCAAAUAAGAAUUAUUUUUUUUUGAAGUCUGAAAACAAAAUGAAAGCAAAAAUAAAAGUUAUUUGUGUUCGUCACAUUUCAGAAUAGAGAGCAAUAUACACUUGACCGGAGAGGAUCUUUAAUUUUAAUAUUUAUUUUAAUUUCAGUGUUUUUAAUAAUGAUAAAAAUUUGAAAAUAAUUUUAUACAGGGUCCAAUUUUGGCCGGAACAUUUGGCACCGUCAUCAGAGACAGGCAACUGCAGCGAGUUGGCAUU